AUGUUACGAGAAGGGAUUAAAUUAGGCUACGCAUUAGCUGGACAUAAUGCUUCAGACAUUGAUAAUAAAACAAUGAGAAUGGUCUCUCCCAGAUUUUUUAGUGUUACAGCUGAGGAUGAUCCUGAACAUAAUGAUACUGUGGAUUUUAUUUCUCCCUCACUCUUCUCAAUACAUUCUGAAGGCAAAGGGAUCGAGGCAAGCUAUUUAAUUAAAACAUAA